AUGGUCUCAGAAAUUCAAUUCAUUGACGAUGAUCUUGCGAACACUUCUUUAGAUGAAGACGAAUAUAUUGUUGAAAAGAUUAUUUCGCAUAGGCGUAAAUUAAAUGGUGAAUAUCAAUACUUUCUUAAAUGGAAGGGUUAUCCUGAUGAAGAAAGUUCAUGGGAGAAUGAAUCGAACAUUUAUUCCGAAGAAAUAAUCCAAGAAUAUUGGAAUAAGAGAGGAGGUAGACCAAAUUCUUCUCGAAGAUUUUUUAAUCAAAAAUCCAAUAACCAAAUUCGUCAUCAUAACAAUUCCGGCAAUAACAAUAUUCGUAACGAUAAAGGAACAAAUCAUCAAAACAGUAGUAAGAAACAUAAUAAUAAUGUGAUGGAAAUAGAAUAUAUCAAUCAUGAUAGUAGUGAAUCCUUAAUUUUAGAAAAUAAUAAAAAUUAUCGUUGCCGCCGUCGUGGUAAUUUUGAAGAAAUGGAAUUCGAAGAAGAAAACGACGAUGAUAAUGGUAAUGAAUCCAGUGACGAAGACUACAGCAGAAAUUAUCGUAAAAAUUAUCAUCGUGUAAAAAGUGUGCAAAGAAAUAAUCGAAUCAUCCGUGUUCGUGACGACCUGCAUACACCUUGGGGAAUAGGUGGUUUAGAAGAAAUGGAUAGUUGGGAGGAAUAUAUUGAAAGUGUGGAUUAUAUAACACGUGAAGGCGGCGAACUUUUGGUAUAUGUUACAUGGUAA